UAAGAAUCUAUAUAUAAUUCCUAUCCAUCAUCAAAAAAAUAAAGAAGAAGAUAUUUCAUAGCCUGUAGAUAGAGAAGCUUUCUGCAAUUGGUAUGUACGUCCUUUAAUUUAUACAGAUGCGAAUAAGACUGUUUGGCGCCAUUAUUCUGCCCAUCUCUACCUCCUCCGGUCCUUCGUGUCUUCCUAUACAAGCGAAGCUUUCCCGAUUUGUUGUUCCAUUGCAAGAAUUUGGAUCAGCUCUACCCUAGUAGAUACUAGAUAGUAGUUCAUACAGUAUAUAUUUCCGGUGGUUGAGCGCCGUGUUCAUGGAGGCAGAGGCAGCAAGCAACAUGGAGGACUCAAGCCUGUUCAUGCAGUGGGCGAUGGACACGCUGCUGCAGGAGGAGGAGCCUGCGGUCGACGACGUGCACUGGGCGAUGGACACGCUCCUGCAGGAGGAGGAGGAGGAGCAUGCGGCGGUCGACGGCGGCGACGCAGUAGUCUUCCCCUCGCUCCAAGCGCUCCGCGACGCCUCCCACGCGGCGGAGAUGGUGCGGGAGCUUAUGGCCGUGGCUGCCGCCGCCGAAACCCACGACGCGGCGGCGGCAAACAGCUCGCCGAGCGGUGGUUCCGGCGACGGCGGCGGCGAGGUCACGGACGGCGGCAGCAGCGGGGCCACCGGCACCGAUCCUGCAGCCCCGGCCACUACGGCGGCCACGGAUUACUACGGCGGAUCCUGGCCGCCACAGUCGCCCACCAGCUCGUCGUUCGCGCGCGCGCCACCGCCAGCACCGCCGAGCAGCAACAGCAACACCAUCCUGCCCACGGUGAGCUGGAACUUCGUCACCGGCUCGGCGCAGCCUGGCAGCGAGGGCGUGCUGGAGGAAGCCGCCGUCCCGGCACGCAGCUUGCCGCCGCCUGAGCUGGCUCAACGCCGCCGGUCACCGCCGCCGCCGAGAAGAGCGGCCCACCACCCAGUACGCAGCAUGGGAGCGCCAUCGUCGGCGUCGUGCACGCCGGACCACAUCGUCGCGGAGCGCAAGCGCCGGGAGAAGAUCAACAAGCGAUUGAUCGAGCUCUCCACCGUCAUCCCUGGCCUCAAGAAGAUGGACAAGGCGACGAUCCUCUCCGACGCGGCCAAGUACGUGAAGGAGCUUCAGCAGCGGCUCAAGGCCCUGGAAGACGCUGCUGCCGCCGACGCCGGCAGCAUCAGGAGAAAAGCGCCGCCGGCGGCGGACGAGAAUGGUGGCUCCGGGUCGCCGACGUCGGCAUCCUCCUCGUCGGGGGCACCAGCACUUCCGGAGAUCGAGGCACGCUUGUCGGAGAGGAGCGUGAUGGUAAGGAUCCAUAGCUGCGGCGGCAAAGGGGUGGCGGCGGCAGCGCUCGCCGUGGUCGAGGGCCUCGGGCUCACCGUCGUCCAUGCCAAUGUCAUGCCAUUCUCGGCUUGCACUAUCAGCAUAACCAUCACAGCAGAGAUGGAGGGCCGCCGCCUCACCUUAACAACGGAGCAGAUUGUUGGCAAGCUCAAGUCUGCAUUAUCACACCAGCGUAGCAUCAGCUGCAAAGAUGCCGAAGAGACAGAAAAUUGAUUGAAUAUAUUUAUAUACAGAAGCGCAACAGUGGAUAUAUAUAUAUAUAUAUAUAU